UAUCCACUUGCCCCAGACCUGCGGUUGAGCGGAGAGACACGGCCAGUGGCAGCGCAGCAGAGGAACUGUACAACUGAAUAGUCUGAGAGAGAGAGACAGGGAGAAAUAGGGAGAGAGGGAUAGAAAGAGAUUAGCUGUGUCCAGUCUUGUUCAGGGACGUCAAACCAAAUGAAGCUGCUGGUCCAGCACUGAUUCUUACGGGUGUUUAUCUCUGUCACUGGAGUCAUGAGCUCAAAGGGGACGAACCUCCACAACAAACGACUGCCAUCGGAGUCGGAACAUGCACAGAGAGUCCCGGACACAGAACCAAGCCAACAAAUGAGGCUGAGAGAGAGACAACGAUUCUUCGAGGAAGUGUUUCAACAUGAUGUAGAUGUCUACCUUUCCUCUGCACACCUGCAGAUAGAUUAUAAAAGACCGCCCUUAGGAAGCAUCUCAUCAAUGGAGGUGAACGUUGAUAUGCUGGAACAGAUGGACCUGAUGGACAUAUCUGAUCAGGAGGCCUUGGACGUCUUCUUCGCUGCCAGUGGAGAAGAAGGAUCACUGACAUCCCCUCUACCAGAUUUUGGCCACGCUGACUUGGAAGAGAAUGGACUACAGAGAAGCGAUUUGCCCUUGAGAAUUCCUGAUCCCCGUGAGAUCAAGUCACGUAUGUUAUCUACUUCCUCCAACUCUACCUGUGACAGUCAGCCCUCCAAUGAGGAUGGAUCAAACACUCCUGUUGUCCAAUCAGAUGACGAAGACGUGCAUGAAGAGGACAUGUUGCGAACAGUGUCCACAGCCAACCACACUGCAACAGAGGAGUCUGUCCUCCCAUUAUAAACCUGCCUUUUCAUUUUUCUGGAGGUGUAACAUGACUGUUUCAGGGGUGGGUUGAGUGGGCUAGCCAUAAAUCAAUCUAUUACACACUUCAUGAACACUUGUGGAAUUCAAGGUUCUGAUUACGCCACACUGGGAGUGUCACGCUCUGAAAGACCUGCAUUAAUUUUGCACUGUCGCUUAUGUUUAAACAUUUUACUACCACAGGUACCUCCAGGUAUUGUAACACCACCUACACACUGCCAACAUUUUUCAGUUCUCUUUACAAAGGAUGUUUCUUUUCUGUAGAAAAACAAAAUACAUCACUGUUUUGAAUUAAAGGGGGAGUUUAUCUAAGACAAA